AUGCUGCGCGAAGUCAAGGUCGGCCUUGACGGCGGUAGCGGAAAACCCGGUACUUUUUACGGUCUCUCCCACCGCAUAUGGCUCCUCAUCGGUAUCGUCAUCGGCAUCUUUACCUUUUCGCGUCUCCUUCUACCCACUUCCGACUCGUCUGCAUCUGACGCGCUUCUCUUGACUCCCAAGGAUUAUAUCAACGCCUCCGCUUCCGAUCCUGCCCCCUUCGACUUUUGCCCCGUCUUUGGUCCUGGCGACGAUGUGGCCAAUCGACGUGGCCAGUGGGGUCUCCUACGCUCCCGCCUUCACAUGGGAUCUGGUGCUCGCGUGCAAAAAGUCAUGCAGAAAGCCAUGGCAGGUCAACCAGUUACGAUCUCAGUUUUGGGCGGCUCCGUCUCUGCCUGUCACGGUGCAGGCGACGACCCCGUUUCGCCCAAGUGCUACCCCGCAAGGUUCUUCAACUGGUGGAACUCGAUCUUUCCUCAUCCCGACUCUGAGCUCACGAACGGAGCGUCAAGAAAGACGGAUUCGGCGUACUUUGCGUACUGCUCACAGCACCACUUGCCAGAUCAGACAGAUCUGGUGAUUCUUGAAUUUGAUGCCGAAGAUCCAUACGACCCGGAGUGGCUGUCGCAUUUUGAGCUGCUUGUGAGGAGUAUUCUGGUGCGACCUGAUCAGCCGGCUGUCAUCAUUCUGGGACACUUUGCGCCUCAGCUUCAGGCCCAGAAUGGUUACGCGGGACCGGAGCUGCUGCAUACCGUCGUGGCGCAGUUUUACGACAUUCCCCAUAUCAGUGCCAAGGGCAUCCUCUACCACGACUACCUCCUCGACCCGCAAGACGCUCGCGGCAAGUUCUUCGCCGACCCCAUGCUUGCCAAUCCCGAUGGUCACGAGCUCAUCUCCGACCUCCUCAUCUCUUAUAUGCAAACCCAAAUCUGCUCCGGUUGGGCAGCGACUAUGGGACACGCUUUCGACGUGCCCUACAUGGGCGCGCCACCCCCAACCUCUGGCAUUGACCCGGUUCUUGCCGGCGACAGUGCAGUCCCGGGUGAGGCGGACGAGAGCGAGGGUGGCGGAGCUGCCGCCAAGCAGAGGGCAGUCAAGGUGCCUUCUGCGAUGUUGACCUCUAGGCCGAGCGAUAUUUUGAAGUUUAGAGAAGUCGCGCCUUACUGUGUGAGCGCCAACGAUCUGCUGAACCCGCUGCCGCCCUCGCACUUCUACGGCUCUGGUUGGCACGCUUACCACCCGUCGAAGGGAGCGGCGCAGGAGGAAAAGCAUUAUUGGUAUGCGGAAGUGGGAGGGAGUAGCUUCAGGGUACAUGUGACUUUGAGCGCCGGUGAUGUCGCCAUCUACUACCUCCAAAAUCCUGAAGAGACGCCCCUUGGGAGGGCAGCUUGCUGGGUGGACGACAAUGUUGCCGGAGCGGUCGAGUUGAGUGGUAUUUCAGAUGUGCACGGCACGACUACCACAUUGACCUUGAUCGACGAGAAUGUGGCACCAGGAGAGCAUUACGUGGAGUGUACACUGAUAGGCAAGGAGGGACAGAAGACACCGCCUUUCAAGAUGCUCGGCGUGUAA